GUUUGGUGGGUUUUGCGGAUCAGACAACCCACCAGUUGUUGCGGCUCCUUAGAGAGAGAGAGAAAGAGAGAGAAAAUAUUUUACAGUGUGAGAGAGAAAGAAGAAGAAGAAGAAGAAAGAGAAAGGAAAGAUGGUGACUUCUAUGGAGAUGGGAUCUCAGUCUCUCACCAGCUCAAUCUCUGCUGUUAUCACUUCCAACCACAGUCUUUGAUCCAUUGAGCAACUUCACUUCCUCUUCUUCAGUAGGACUUUGAGGAUCACUGCAGCAUAGUUUUUGUUUGGUUUUGUGCUCCUCAGAGAAAGAGUCAUGGGUUCAAGAUUUCCAUCUCAUCAGCUCAGCAAUGGCCUCUAUGUGUCAGGCCGGCCUGAGCAGCCAAAGGAAAGGACUCCCACUAUGAGCUCGGUAGCGAUGCCUUAUACUGGUGGUGAUAUAAAAAAGUCGGGAGAAUUGGGGAAAAUGUUUGAUAUCCCAAUGGAUGGUUCUAAGUCUAGGAAAUCUGGGCCUAUAAGUAAUGCUCCUUCAAGGUCUGGAUCGUUUGGAGGUGCUGCUUCACAUUCUGGACCAAUCACGUCUACUUCAGCUCGUGGUGUUUAUACCACUUCAGGCCCUGUAUCUUCUGGGGGUGGUUCAGCAGCGGUAAAAAAGACAAAUUCUGGACCAUUGAACAAACAUGGGGAACCUAUAAAGAAGUCAUCUGGCCCUCAAUCAGGUGGAGUGACUCGACAAAAUUCUGGCCCUAUUCCUGUUCUUCCCGCAACAGGCCUAAUAACAUCUGGACCGAUUACUUCUGGUCCACUGAAUUCAUCUGGGGCCCCCAGAAAGGUAUCUGGUCCUUUAGAAUCUAUGGGAUCUAUGAAAGGACAAGGUUCCUCUGUCGUUCACAAUCAGGCUGUCACUACCCUGAGCCAAGAUGAUGAAUAUUCCUUCAGGAGGAACUUUCCAAAGCCAAUACUGUGGUCUGUGAUUCUGUUGUUUGUAAUGGGAUUCAUAGCUGGUGGUUUCAUUCUUGGAGCAGUUCACAAUGCUAUUCUCCUCAUUGUUGUUGUGGUACUUUUCGGCGCUGUUGCUGCAUUAUUCACUUGGAAUACUUGUUGGGGGAGAAGAGCUGUCAUUAAUUUCAUUUCUAGUUAUCCCGAUGCUGAACUUAGAACUGCGAAAAAUGGUCAACUUGUGAAAGUUUCUGGGGUGGUUACCUGUGGUAAUGUACCCCUUGAGUCAUCCUUCCGAAAAGUUCCUAGAUGUGUCUAUACAUCAACGAGUUUAUACGAGUACCGAGGAUGGGAUUCAAAACCAGCAAAUUCCACACAUCGUCGUUUCACGUGGGGACUUAGAUCCUCAGAGAGGCAUGUUGUAGACUUUUACAUCUCCGAUUUCCAAUCUGGCUUGAGAGCAUUGGUCAAGACUGGCGGUGGAGCAAGAGUGACUCCUUAUGUUGAUGACUCCUUUGUUAUUGAUGUUAACCCGGGAAAUGAAGACGUGUCUCCAGGGUUUGUCAGGUGGUUGACUGAGAGAAAUCUCUCGAGUGAUGACCGUACAAUGCGAUUGAAAGAAGGGUACAUCAAAGAAGGUAGCACGGUUAGCAUCAUGGGAGUUGUACAGAGAAACGACAAUGUACUUAUGAUCGUCCCUCCGCCAGAGUCAUUAACAACAGGAUGCCAAUGGGGCCAAUGUAUCUUCCCCGCCAGCCUCGAGGGCAUUGUUUUGAGAUGUGAAGACACGUCCAAACAUGACGUGAUACCAGUUUAGUUCGAAUGCGCUCCAUAAACUUGCUCGGGCAUCAAUCUGAUCUCUCGAGAAACAUUUCGGGUAACAUGUUUAAAACUCAACAAUACUAAUGGCAAUGGCAAUGGCAAUGGCGGUGGUGGCUUUUGUGUUGAUCGAAACGAAAAUGAGUGAGAUGAUGGUUCAUGGUGAUAUCCCUUAAUCUUUUUGUUGGUGUAUAGUUUUUUUUUUUCUUUCCUUUUUUAUUAGGAAUUCGUUUAUAUUAUCUUCCUAGGUUUGAAAGGUUUGGCAAUGGGUGUGGCUUGAUGUGGUGAGAAGUUUUACCUGUUUGAAAUGUUGAGGAAACUGCAGCAGUACAUUAUAAAAAGAAAAGUGUUAUAUAAUUCCUUUAGUUUGGUUCCUUCCUCCAGUCCUUGCCACUUUUAUAUUUUUUUGGCCUCACUCCCUUGAUGAUGAUAUAUCUAUUCUUGGUGAGAUUCGUUUGUAAAUCAGAUUUAUGGAUCCAAUCUCUGUAUUCUAUCUUUAGCUAUAUUUCUUUGA